ACUCAAUUUGAAACUCGAAACUUUUCACUGAAACUUUAUUCCUAGCGUAACUGAACAGUGCACUUUUGUCUAGACUGCCUGUGAUCAUGGUGAUGUACCGUAGCUCAGUAUAGGAGAAAACAUAUUAUCUGAAAUCAAUAAAUCUGACGCACAUCUUUGAAAUACGUCAUCGCAUAUGGAAGGAAUAGUUAUUAGAAACUAGAAAUUUCAGUGAGUGUCGGAUGUGAAGUACGGCAAUAGAUUCUUUGUAAUGUUACAGUUCUGACACUAUUUCACUAGAUGUGAUUUGGUGAAACUCACAGACAAAGAUUUAUAUUAUAUUGAUUAUGGAUCAUUCAUCACACACCCAUUUGGACCAUACGCACGAUGGACAUGAACAUCAUAUAGGCCAUCAGAAUCACGUGGAUCAUCAGGGAGAUCAGCACGUGUACCACGUGACAAACGAGCAGUCACAUGACCAUCAUUCUCUACACGGUUCACAUGACCACCAAGCAUUUUUCCAUACUAAGUUGAAUGCAACAGUAUUGUUUGAGAAUUGGGUGUUAGAUACAAAAGGAAGUAUAUUCCUGGCGUGUUUGUGCACGUUUGUUCUGGCAAUAGGCUACCAGGGUACAAAAUGGUUAAGACAAUAUUUACAUGUUCAUUAUGGAGGAAGAAUUCACUCAAUAAAGAGCAAAGAGCACCUGUUGCAGACUGUUUUAUACGUGACAGAGUUCUUAGUGAGUUAUCUCCUCAUGCUCAUUGUAAUGACGUACAGUGUGUGGGUUUUUGUCGUCACCAUACUGGGUAUAGCACUAGGCUACUUCCUCCUAGCCUGGCAUAAAGAGUUCAAGCCAGUUCCUGUCUGUGCCGGAGACUGCGAGACUGUUAUAAAUAACACAAAUAAAAAUAUGGAUCCAAAUUCACCAUCCCAAGAGUUAAUGCCCCUGGAAAAACAGCCAGCUGCGUGUAAUGACUGUGGUAUUGAAGAACUGAACGUGGAGGACAGUUGAUUGUUUUAUCUACAUUGAGAGCGGCUGGAUCGUUAUCAAGUGAUUUUCUUUCAAAAUAUAAACUAAGUCAUCAGCUACAAUAUUUUGUUCAUGUAUGUGCUGUGGCAGUGCUCAUAAAUUGUGACAGUAACUCCCACUGUCUGUAUCCCUCUACUUCAGCGUGAGAUAAAGCGUAUUUUUCCAGUUUUCUUUUUGUGAACCAGACAAACCAACUUGACGCCUACUCAGUAUCCAGAAGUUGAAGUCGGAAUUGGGUACUGAAAAGACUAUACGUAGGAGACAUGGAACUGGCUUUUUUAUUUUCUUCCAGAUUUAAGACUUAUUCAAUAUAACCUGGAUGUAAUGAAAUUUAGGACGGACACAUAAUGACCUAUGGUUUUAUGUUCUACUUAUGUUUUCAUGCUUUGCAUGUUAGUUAAAUAUCAUGUAAAGAUGGUAUUGUCCAUUAACAUUUAGCCUGCUGGUGGCAAGUGAUUCCGCCAUUGCGACCAAUGCAAACCAUGAUCAGCAGACAUGGUCUGCACUGUUCGCUAUUCAGUUAGUAAAUUUUCAGAGAACACCCCUUUGAUAAACAAGUGGUACUACCCAUUGAAUGACGGAUCAAUCCAUAUUAGAAAUUUAGCAGGGUAAAGUUUAAGUAAUCAGCAAGUUCAAAUAAUUUCUUUCUUAACCAUGAGCGACAUUUUCUUAAAUGCUGAAGCCGUUCGCAGAAACUAAUGCAAAAUUCUGUUAACAUAAAACAAAGAAGUAUAAAGUACACAGAAUGGCAACUGGCUGUAAUCUCGCGUGAGCUCGUUUAUUUUUAUAGCUCUUUGCAUAAAAUUGACAAAAUAUUAUCUUUUUUUCAUGUCAUUCUGCAAGAGAUGACAUUUCAUUUAAUUGGCCAUUUGCUGCAAUCAGUCUUUGAUAUUUAAUUGAUAUUUUUUGUUUUCAAACCCUACAGAUGUUUAAAUAUAAACAGUACAAAUUAUUUACAUAGCAUAAAUAAGCGAAAGGUACAAUACGCCCUUACCAUAAAAGUGCGUUGAAAUUUUAAUAGUAAGGAAACUAAAUGAGCCGCGCCAUGAGAAAACCAAGGAUCCAUGCUGUUCGCUUUUAAUGCCUAUUGGAAUUGGAGAAACUGUUAGCGAACAGCAUGGAUCCUGAUCAGACUGCGCGCAAACCCACUAUGUUGGUUUUCUCAUGGCACGCCUCAAAUCAUCUUCUUGUAUUUAUUCAUAUUUAAUGUAGCUGACACAAGCUUGUAUUCUAAAUGUAAUGUGACCAUAGGUUCCUUGUUAGUAAUCAAAUGUCGAAUGCUUCAUAAGCUUUGCAUUAUAAAUAGAUUAGAAAAGAGCUAUCGGAGGACGGCAUGGCACGACUAUUGGUGUUCAAAAGCCUUUUCACUUAUGAAAAGUUAAAUAAAGGAUAUACUGUACAUCAUGUGCAAAUUGUUUAUUUAAAUGUUCAAGGUUGAAGUUUGCCUGGAGUGAGAAAUGCAUAAAUUUAUUUUGUACUUGAUCGAAUCAAAUUAAAGUUCAUUUAACAAUA